AUCUAUCUAUCUAUCUGUGUUUGUUGUUUGUUCGAUCGAACAAUGGCGAUAUGGAAGAACAUGAUGGUGGUGAUGGUGAGUGUAGUGAUGAUGGGGUGGUUGUCAUUGGUGGUGAUGGGAAAUCCGGUGCUUCAUAAGGUGGGAGGCUCCAAAGGUUGGAACAAUAAUCAUGAUGUGAACUACACUGAAUGCUCUGCCCAAGAACAUGUCUAUGUUGGAGAUUGGCUUUAUACUUCAAUGUUCUGGAGGUGAACAAGACAAACUACGAGAAUUGCAUAGACAGAGACUUCAUAAGAAACGUGACAAGAGGUGGUCGUGAUGUGGUGCAGAUGACAGAGGCAAAGACCUAUUACUACCUCUCAGGUGGAGGCUACUGUUUCCAUGGCAUGAAAGUUGCUGUGCAUGUUCAACAACAUCCUGCAAUGGCACCAGCUCCAUCCAUGCCUGUCUCUGCUUCUCCUUUGCCCUCUCUCUCGUCUUCCUGCAUUUCGAUCAUUCUCGUUAAUGUCCUUUAUUAUGUCAACUUCCUUUUCAUCGAUGGUUCGUGUCUGCUGAGCUUUUCUUAGUAUCAUCUC